CUGGGCGGAUCCACGCGCGCAGCCCGCUUCCCGCCGCUGCCGCCAGUCCACCACGCGGCGCCACUGAGCACCCACUCACCACUCCAACUCCUGAAAGAACCCCGUCAAUUACUGCCUUCCACUCCUACUAUCCACACCUUUAUUAAAAAAGACUACAGUUUAAAAAAAUAUGGCAAAAAUGUGCAAAGAUUUUAAGUGUUAAGUGUGUUGUGUAGAGGCAGGGGCGACAAACCUUUUCGCCGGGCGUUACGUAAGCGCGUUCCGGGCAAAAUCAAUAUCCUCGGCGUAUAAAUAGCACCUAUAGUUGAGAACAGCUGGCGUCCAAUAUGCAGCCUGCUAUGCCGCCUAUGAGGAUGCGCCGGCCGCGUCGCCACCGCUUCCUGACUAUAUCCGUGUUCUUCAUCACCUACUCGGUGUUCCACGCGGUGUUCUCAGCCGCCGUGGACAAGGCGUCGGUCGCUGACGACCUAGCCGUGAUGGGAGAGAUAGCGAAGGCCACCACGCCGAUUCAGCCGGGGAAGGUGCUGAAGGUGGAUGAGGAGGAUAAAGGCCCACAAAAUGGCAGAGCAGUAACUCCGAACGGAGAGAAAACGGAGCCCCCCGAGAGCGGAGAGGCGACGGAAGGGAGAAAGAAGAUGAUGAAGGGAGUGGAAGAAGAAGACGAGGGGGAGAAGAAGAAACAGAAGGACGCGGGAUAUGAAGAUGAUGAGAGCAUGGUGGAGACUCGUCUGAAGGAGGAGGAGGAAGACGACGCGGUGCCUACCGUGCACCCGCUGCGGAACUGCACGCCGCCCGCCAUCGAGCAGUUCCCCCGCCCCCUGAUGGGCCAGUACGCGCGGCGCCACGGCGGGCUCAUCAUCCACAUCCUGGUGGCGGUGUACACCUUCAUCGGGCUCGCUAUCGUGUGCGACGAGUACUUCGUGUCCAGCCUCGACAGGAUCUGUGAAGAGUUCAAGCUGACGCCGGACGUGGCGGGCGCGACGUUCAUGGCGGCCGGCAGCUCCGCGCCCGAGCUCGCCACCGUCGUCAUCGGAGUGUUCUGCGCACAGGACGACAUCGGAGUAUCCGGAGUGAUCGGCUCAGCAGUCUUCAACAUAAUGUUCGUGAUCUCGGUGUGCGCGCUGUGCGCCGGCACGGUGUCGCACCUCAACUGGUGGCCGCUGUGCCGCGACUGCUUCUUCUACGCCGUCUCCAUACUCGUCAUGCUGUGCACCAUCGCCAACGGAUACGUGUCAUGGCCGGAAGCGCUCUUCAUGCUGAUAAUGUACGGCGUGUACUGCGUGGCGCUGCGCUUCAACUCUGCGCUGGAGGCGUGGGCGCUGACGCUGCCGCUGCCCUUCAAGCUGCCGACUAGAGAGGAGCAGGCCGCGCUCGUUACUUACAAGAGCGGCGGGCAGCCGGCGGCGGCGGCGGCGGACGGGCAGUACGCGGAGGUGGAGGGCCAGACCAAGGAGACCGCGCUGCAGAAUACCGCACAGUACACCCAGGACGGCGCGUAUGACAACGCGGCGUACCACACCGACCCGACGCAGGCGUGGGACCCCAACCAGACCUGGGACCCGAAUCAAACCUGGGACAGCGACCAGCAGACAUCAGCCGCGCCCGCGUCGUCGUGGGGCUCCACCAACCCGCAGGUGACCCACUCGCCGCCCAGCCAGCCCGACUCGCCGCAGCAGCCGCCGCCAGCCCCCGCUGCCCCCGCCGCCCCCGCCUACUACAAAGCCAAGGAAUACAACCCAGAAACCGCUGUCGACCCCCUCGUCAAACCCGUUAAUGGAAACAUCGUCCAAGUAGCCUGCUGGUACGUGGCGUACCCCAUCCACUGGACGUGCCGGCGCACCAUGCCCGACUGCCGCGGCCGCUGGUACCCGGUCACCUUCAUCGUCUCCAUGCUGUGGAUCUCCUUCUACUCCUACUUCAUGGUGUGGAUGAUCACUAUUAUUGGCUACACGCUGGGCAUCCCGGACACGGUGAUGGGGCUCACGUUCGUGGCGGCCGGCGUCUCCGUGCCUGACGCGCUGUCCUCACUCGCUGUUAUUAAGGAAGGCUACGGCGACAUGGCGGUGUCCAACGCGGUGGGGUCCAACGUGUUCGACAUCCUGGUGUGCCUCGGCCUGCCCUGGUUCAUCCAGACCGCCAUCAUCCAGCCCGGCAGCCACGUCAAUGUCAUCAGCAAAGGUCUCAUCUACUCGACUCUGUCCCUGUUCUCGACGGUGAUAUUCCUGGUGCUGGCCACGCACGCCAACGGCUGGAAGCUCGACCGCAAGUUCGGGGCCGUCCUGAUGGUGUGGUACCUCCUCUUCAUCACCUUCGCCACUCUGUACGAGCUGAAUGUCUUCGGAGACUUUCACCCGCCCGACUGCAUGUCCGCUUACUAAGGAGUCUGAGGACCAAGG